AAAGCACAAAAAGGGGAAUUAUUAAAUCAAUUCAAUUUAGACAAACAAAGUCGUAAACUCCUAGUAAACACUUUGGCCAAACAAUGGAACGACGUCGUUUACAACAUCUAUCGCCUCAUUAACACGUAACAAACAGCACUACACUUUCCCUCUUCUAACUCUCUCCGUCUCUCACGCCAUACCUUUUUUCCUGUAUUCAGCAACACCUUGUCGGCAAUCCGCAUUCAACAUCAUAGAUAGUUAACCAAUCACCCUCUUUUAUUAUUCAUCUGCCAUUUUCAUCUUCUGUCGGCUCAGGUCAUUGUUGUCUUCAUUCUGAUUUCCUCUUCGAAAUACUACAAGGAAAAAAAAAAGAUUCUGACUUUGAAAUAAAGGUGACUUAAAACCUUGAUUUGGAGCUGGUGUUGGUUGAUUUUUUGACCUGAUAGUAGCUUUGAAGGAAGAUAAGGAGUUUCUGUUGUUCAGAAGAUUCAAGAUGUCUUCAUUACAAGGUCCCGUGGUUUGCCAUGUGGUCCACUCGAAACAAAACCGAGUGCACUCGGUCCCGUUUGACUCACCUCUGCUGAAAGCUAAAUUCGUUAGAAGCGAAUCGUUGGGGCUUCAGCGACUCAUCAUCGGCCCCAAUAAUCAUGUGGGAGUUCGACACAACUUGAGGAAAUGCAGGACUAUUACGAAUAGUUUCAGCAAUGGUAGCAUGGCUGGAAAUUCGAAUGAGCAUGAUUCAGAUUAUGUCGACUCGAGUGUGAUUGAAGCUGUUGAGGUGAGAAGUGGGCCGGAAGGUUAUACGAUGAAGAUGAGAGAUGGUAAGUAUUUGAGAUGUGCCCAUAAUAAUCCUCAAGAAGGUCAUCUAUUGGAUUAUACCCCUCAUCCUGCAAUAGUUUUGAAGAUGGAAGAUGGAACUGGGCUUCUUUUGCCGAUAAUUGUUUUGGAGAUGCCGAGUGUGCUUCUUAUGGCAGCUGUCCGCAAUGUCCAAAUUGCUAGACCAACCAUGUAUCAAGUGGUGAAGGAUAUGGUUGAGAAGAUGGGAUAUGCUGUUAAACUCGUACGUGUCACCAAAAGGUUACACGAGGCGUAUUUUGCUGAGUUGCACCUUGCAAAGUUGGAAAAUGAAGCAGAGAGCAUCUGCCUUGAUCUUCGACCCUCAGAUGCUAUUAAUAUUGCAGUGAGAUGCAAGAGAAUCUCGUCUGAUGGCCUUUUGUUCACCGAACUGGACAGGCCGACAGGUCAGCCUUGCAUUCAGACAAAGGAAUUCAAUUUAGUACGUAACAUGCUAAUUGCUGCUGUUGAAGAACGAUAUCUAGAUGCUGCUUUGUGGAGGGACAAACUCACUCAACUUCGAUCCAAGAGGAAUUGGGCAUAACAUGCAAAACUCUCGUUCGUCUCUUGAUCGUAUGGCAGAUUGAGUUCUCUUUGCUGAAGUGCGGUUCGUGUACAUAUGGAAAAAAUUGUGGGUCCAUGCUUUAUGAGCAAUUUAUACAAUUGUAUUAGUUCUUCAGUAAGUAUGUCGAAAGCCCCAUGUCUGUGUCGUGUACAAAUAUUUGUAUAGAUAGAUAAAUUACAUCGUGUAAUGUCGAGUCGAAUAAUAUGCACAAGUGAACUUUUGUAUCCGGUUUUCUGUCAAUAACAUUCUUGGUGACAUUUGCUUCAAAGUUUCCUCAUGCCUUAGUCUCUACUCUCUUGUAAUACAA